AUGCUGCAGGCGGCCAGGUACCUGCUGGGCUCCCCGGGCGCCAGCGGGUUCGGCUCCAAGUCCACCGCCGAGGAGGUCACGGCCGCCUGCCCGGACCUCGCCUCGCUCACCGCCAUCAUCACCGGCGCCACGUCGGGGAUCGGGGCGGAGACGGCGCGGGUUCUGGCCAAGCGCGGGGCGAGGGUCGUCAUCCCGGCGCGGAGCGUCAAGGCCGCCGAGGACAUGCGCGCGCGCAUCCUUGGCGAGUGCCCGGGCGCCGACGUCCUCGUGCUGCACCUCGACCUCAGCUCGCUCGCCUCCGUCCGCGCCUUCGCCCGCCGCUUCCUCUCCCUCGGCCUGCCCGUCCACCUCCUCAUCAACAACGCCGGCAAGUUCUCGCACGGCCAGCUCGCGCUGUCCGAGGACGGCGUCGAGAUGACCUUCGCCACCAACUACCUCGGCCAUUUCCUGCUGACGAAGCUCUUGCUGGGAAAGAUGGCGGAGACUGCGGCGGCCACGGGGGUGCAGGGCCGCAUCGUGAACGUGUCGUCCAGCGUGCACGGCUGGUUCUCCGGCGACUGGGCCGACUACCUCCAGCUCGUCACCCGCCGCAAGAUAUUGGCAUGUGCAUGUGCACGUACGUGCGUCCAGACCCUACGACGCAACGCAGGCCUACGCGAUGUCGAAGCUCGCCAAUGUGCUGCACACCAAGGAGCUCGCCGCCCGCCUCCAGGAGAUGGGCGCGGACGUGACGGUGAACUGCGUGCACCCGGGCAUCGUGAGGACGCGCCUCAACCGCGACCGAGAGGGCCUCAUCACAGAUCUCGUCUUCGUGCUGCUGUCCAAGCUGCUCAAGACCAUCCCACAGGCUGCGGCGACCACGUGCUACGCGGCGGUGCACCCGAGGCUGGCCGGUGUGUCCGGCCGCUACCUCGCCGACUGCAACGAGGCGCUGCCGUCGCCGGCCGCGGCAAGCCGCGGCGAGGCCGCGCGGCUCUGGCAGGCGUCGGAGGACAUGAUCAGUGCCUCAAGCAGUCAACCGGACUGGAACUUCUGAGUAUCCGACUGCUCUAG